AUGGCCAGAUCAGUACCUUUAUUUGUCUCUCUCAACCACCAGCUGGUUGCUCUCCAAACUCUGCAGCUCUUGCACCACCAGCAGCAAGCCAGGUCUAGUCGGGCUCAGGAGCAGGAGGAAGGCAGAAGAGCAGCAAGCAAAACAUCUGAGGGGGAAGAAGAAUGUGGAUCCCAGACUCUUUCCAACCCAGGUGAGCCCAGGCCAAAGGAUUCAAGACAGCUGGGCCCAGCCAGGCCCCGAACACUUACACAGAUUACUGUGCACUGCAUGCUGUCCCGAAUAGUAGAUUCAACAUCCCAGCUUGUCAGUGUGGAACAGACUCUCCUGCUCCCUCUGUUUCAGGAACAUCCUUUUCCUAUUCACCUAAAAGAUAGCAUUGAGUUUAGAAACAUCUGCAGUCACAUGGCUUUACAGUUGGAGGGGCAGCGAUUUGACAGAGACUUACAUGCAGCACACCAGUGUUUGAGGAUCAUUGUUGAGAAACUGAUUGAUUCACUUACAGUUUUCCCCUCAGAUUUGUAUGCAAUAGCCCUAGCUUCACUGAGACAAAUCUUACAAAACCUCCCAGAGAUGUGA